GGAGAUUCUGUGAGGAGCCCAAAAUCCACGCCUCCCUCCCUCUCACCAGACGCGCGGCCGCCACCGCAAAUCAACACUAAAUCGAAAAAACCUUGGUCGCAGGCUCGCAGCUCGCAGCUCGCCGGUUCGCCCACACGCAGUCGCCCGCUGCCGUCGUCGGCGCCCGCCGCGUGCCACCGACCGACCUCCCCCAGCCGCCAUCGCUCCCCCACCCGCUGCGCGCCGCCGCCCGGCCUCCUCCAACCGCUGCGCGCCGCCGCCGGCCUCCCCCAGCCGCCGUCGUUCCCCCACCCUCUGCACGCUGCCGCCGGGCCUCCUCCACCCUCCACGCGCCGCCGCCCGGCCUCCCCCACCAUCCGCACGCCGCCGCCAGGCCUCCGGUGGCCAAACCGGCGGGGAAGUAGAUCGCCGGCUUCUGGCUUGGUGUGCGCUGAGACAGUCGCACGAAGUCCUUCCAGCGUUUCGUCGAUCGGGCGAUUGGAGUUUUUGGGAUUGGGCUCUGUUUCUCCUCCUCAAUGGCAGUUAGUUACUAGAGUUUGAUUAUGCAGAUAAUUCUAUUUUUUUUUCUAGUUAGAGAAGGAUACGGAUACGGUAUCUAUCCCUAACUGUAUCGGUUACUAACCUAUAAAAUCAACAGGGUCACCACCGCUCGCCGCAUCGUCCCUAAGUUCGGUUCGCGACGGUCGGUUUUCGUUUUGUUUUUGCCCGCCCUAAUUUCUACAAGCCGCUCCCUUGCCUUCCUCCGCUAAUCCAGAGGGCAAGGGUGGCCAUGGGGCGGGUGGGGUUUCUCCCCUUAUUUUUUCUGCCGUGUUUGCUCGUUUGCGCCUACGUGUCCAUCUACCCUGAUGCGAUCUUCCAGGCAAAUAAGGAAGGGAUGAAAGCUACCAACGAGAAAGAUGGGUUCAAGCCUCCAAUUAUACUCUUGGGGGCGGCAUUAUCAGUGUUGACCUAUGCUACUCCUUUCGUGGUCUACUGGAGUACUGGUAGUAACCCAAAGGCUUUCAACAGUGUUUAUACCAACACCGACUUCAUCUCAUCAGGAAUCACAACUCUUGCGUGGCUAUUGUUUUCACUAUGCCAACUAUAUGGAGCCAACAGAAAAAUUGUUGGUGAUCCGGCUGUGUAUAUCCACUCUAUUGGGAUUUUCAUCUAUUGCACUGUACUGGUAUUCAAGUUGAGCCCGGAUGGGAUUGUGAGUGAUGUGGCAUGCCUCAUCGGAGUGAUAUCUCCAUUGGCCAUGGUCAUCAUUCUGAUGGUGGGGCUCUCUGGAUUUCUCAAGAGAGAGCAUAAAAUUGCAAAAAUCAUAUCUUCAUUGGCUGCCCUGGCGCAGGUGGUCUCUUCCUUGGUUCUAUAUGGUGACCUGUGCUGCAUUCGUCGGGAACAGGCACCUGAUGCCCAGGUUCCUCGAAUCAUAAAUAGAAGGAAGUUGGUCGUCUACAUACGCUCCUUGGAUGCUGGUUUCAAGCUGUAUUGGGCAGUUUACUGCAUGGAUCACUAUGACAACACAUAUUUCUGGCUGCUUACAACUCUAUCUUGGUGGCGCUCAGACCUGUCGUGGGAGAAUACGAAGCGGAAACCUUCAAGGGACGGAAGAAUAGUUUCCAGAUUCCGUUGUCGUCAGUUUGAUGGUAGUGUUGGAGUUGAGACACAUAGAUGCAUGGUCUUUUGGUGCGUUUAGUUAGAAGCCAUGCUUGAAGAUGGCACAAUUGAUAAUGUCUUUUUAUGUACAAGGCAACUGAUUCUUUAUCAGCACUGUAGAAUCUGGUGUCUGAAAUCAUCGUAGAAAAUCACUGACACGUGAAGAUGGCACGAUUUCCAGUAUCUGAAAUCAUCUUAGAAAUCCACUCUUUUGCAGGAAAAUUAACCAAGAAAACUACUACUACCACUUAAUGGUGGAUCUUGUCGUCCCAUCUUUUUG